AUGCGGGUGGGACUUACCUUUUGUCAUUCGGUUCGCGUGACAGAGAGGUUGCGCCGGUCUUUUUCAAACGUGAAGUGGAAGCACAUCUUUGAGUUAUAUGGAAUCAAACAUGUCGAGAAGAUCCCGGUGUUCCGGCCUUCUGUGCUCUAUAUCUCAAGGGAAACGUGCAAGGACAUAUUCCAGGGCAUUCAGGCCAACGAAAUGGCAACUUGCGCGCUAAGCCAGGCUACAAGUGAGACCAAAGUAGUGACCUGGAUGAAUUCUAUGCUGACCCCCAUUUUGCAAAUGUUCAACGGCGUCAUAAACAAUGACGCGGAGGGCAAAUUGGGUGAAAGUUCCUCGUCAACGGGUGGGUUCAUCGAAUUCAUAUACAUGGUGCUGGAGGCUUGCGUGGUGGUCGUCAUCGAGUGCAAAUAUAACACGUAUACUCAGGAUGACGUCGCUCAAAUGAUGGUGGAAUUGGAAGCCGCGUGGCACAAUAAUGUAAUGCAGCAACUGGGCACCCCAAUCCUCACUGGUGCCCUGUGCAGCAGAGACAUCUGGCAGUACUGGCGUUACGAUGGUACCAAUUUCCAACAAUCUACCAACUUCUUGAUACGACACCAUGAUCCGCUGGCGGACGCGAAAGAACUCGUGAAGAUGUUUGGCAUUUUUUACGAUAUGUUUUUCGACGGCUAUAUCCGGUCGCUGAAAGGUUUUAUAUCGAAAAGCGAGAAGGUAUGCGGUCGUUUACUUCACCCAUCUCGUCAUAAGCUUACUCAACACCCGGAAUGGCAUCCUUUCAGACAGGCGGACCCGGAGCCAGAAGGCCCAGUUACGAGAAAUGGAAAACGUCACUGUCGCUGGCGGAGCAGGCAUAUAAGGCAGCGCAGGAAGCCACUUCAUCUGCUGAGUUCGACAACGUCACGUCCAUCAUGCGAAGAAGGUCAGCGCGGUGUCCGACUUUUCUCUACUGAAUUGCGAUUAAAUUUUUCCAUUCAGUUUCAGGGAACUGCCGGAGGAGCACUCCAGGAAUCUGGUUGA